AUGGAUGUUUCAUCUUCGACGAGCAGGUUCGUGUCCAACCAGAUCAGCAGCUCCACUGAUGCAACCAGCAAGAACUUCACUCUCAAAAUCAAAGGAAGCUCCACUAUAUACCCGAGGACUCACAGUCAGACAGAGAAGAGACGUAGGGACAAGAUGAACAGCUUCAUAGAUGAGUUGGCAUCAUUAGUGCCCUACGCUAAAUCACGCAAACUGGACAAACUCUCAGUCCUGCGUAUGGCAGUCCAGCACAUAAAGAUGUUACGAGGUUCUGCUGGCAACCGUUACGCAGAAGUUAAUCACAAACCUGCAUUCUUACCAGAUGAGGAGCUUAAACACUUAUUACAGAGGGCAGCUGAUGGCUUUCUGUUUGUUGUUGACUGUGAUCGAGGAAAAAUAUUGUUUGUUUCUGAAUCAGUGUACAAGAUCCUAAACUACAGCCAGAAUGACCUGAUUGGACAGAGUCUGUUUGAUUACCUGCAUCCUAAAGACAUUGGCAAAGUCAAAGAGCAGCUGUCCUCAGUGGUUACCAUACUACGAGAGAAAAUCAUUGAUGCAAAAAGUGGUUCUUUAGUGAAGACAGAUGGCAACGCACACUCUUUAAGACUUUGUUCUGGGGUGAGACGCUCCUUUUUCUGCAGGAUGAAGUGCAAUCGCAGUAUGGAAGAUGAAGCUUUUUUGUCCAGCUGCUUGAAGAAAAAUGCUGAUCGUAAGGGCUUCUGCACCAUUCACAGCACUGGUUACUUAAAAAGUUGGUCCCCCACUGAGGUGGAUCUGGAUGAAAAUAAUGAGCCGGACAAUGAGGGAUGUAACUUAAGCUGUCUGGUGGCUGUUGGUCGGUUGCAUCCUCACACUGUUUCACAGCCAGUGCAGAGUCACGUCAAGGUCAAACCCAUGGAGUUUGUUUCACGUCAUGCUAUCGACGGGAAGUUUGUCUUUGUAGAUCAAAGGGCCACUGCCAUUUUGGCCUAUUUACCUCAAGAGCUGCUGGGAACUUCAUUUUAUGAAUACUUUCAUGAAGAUGACAUUGCUCAUUUAGCAGAAUGCCACAGGCAAGUGCUGAAGAUGAGAGAGAAGAUCAAUACGAAUUGCUACAGGUUAAAAAUAAAAGAUGGCUCAUUCAUCACACUAAGAAGCCGCUGGUUCAGUUUCACAAACCCUUGGACCAAAGAAGUGGAGUACAUUGUCUCUACCAACACUGUAGUCAGGACAGAUGGUGUCACUCCCUUGAUAAGGACGGACAUGUCCACCAUGAUCUCAGAGGGCCAGAAGGCAGUUUCAUCCGUGGCAUCUGCAGCUCUGGGCAGCCAGGUGGACGUAUGGACGGAGAAGGACAGAGACAACCAAGCACAUGACUACAGGACGACGCAGGACGUGACAACAUCAGCUCAGGCUGCGGAGGAUGUUCUUGAAGCACUGGUGGCUGGACAAGAUGUUUAUGCUGAGAGUUGUGCCUAG